CUCGUCACUGUGUAGUUUCCCAUUCCAUUUUUUAUUCGAUUUUCUGAUUUUCUGAGAGAGCAGGGUCGUCACCCGUCUCUUGGACGCAGACCCAAAUCCUUCUCUGGCUUUCUAUCCCUCUCCUCUGGAGUGCUUCUGCUUUCGAAAUUCAAUAGCAGGCGCUCCCGUCUUUCUCAGGCUCGCAAACGCAUGCUUUUGAAGAGCACUUCAGUCUCACUCUGACAUUGACAUUGGCAUUCAUUCCUACCCGUGGUCUUGCGGGGAGCUUCGUGUAAGUGCGCUCUGCUAGUCCUUCUCGGCGCAAUCAGAACAUGGGUUUAGUGUUUACCAGAUUGUUUUCUUCCCUCUUCGGUAACAAGGAAGCCAGAAUCCUUGUUCUUGGCCUCGACAAUGCAGGAAAAACCACAAUUCUCUAUCGGCUUCAAAUGGGUGAAGUUGUCUCCACAAUACCAACAAUUGGAUUUAACGUUGAAACAGUGCAAUAUAACAACAUUAAAUUUCAAGUUUGGGAUUUAGGUGGGCAAACAAGUAUCAGGCCAUAUUGGAGGUGCUACUUUCCAAAUACUCAAGCAAUAAUCUAUGUUGUAGAUUCAAGUGACACUGACAGACUGGUGAUUGCCAAAGAAGAAUUUCAUGCAAUUCUUGAGGAGGAAGAACUAAAAGGUGCAGUUGUUCUCAUUUUUGCAAACAAACAGGACCUUCCUGGUGCCCUUGAUGCUGCUGCAGUGACUGAAGCUUUAGAAUUACACAAGAUCAAAAACCGCCAAUGGUCUAUUUUUAAAGCUUCUGCCAUGAAAGGUGAAGGGCUUUUUGAGGGCCUUGAUUGGUUGAGUAAUACACUAAAAGCUGGAGGCGGCUAAGCUUCAAAGGACUUGAGAAUUAAAGAAAAGGUUGACCUAUGUACUCGGUAUGACUUUCACAUGAAUAUUUCAUAAUCGAUUUCUUGACAAUGCGAUUUCCAUUCAUUACUCAUAUACAUGUAUUUAUUCUCUUUCCUAUUUUGUUUACUUGUGGUAAAGAUUUGGACAUUGGUCAAUGUCUUUUUCUUUUC